CAUUCCUUCAGCUUCCACCCUCAGAAAUCAAAUCUCCCUACGACUACGAGCUUGAAAUUUCAGUUGCUUACUGCCAUAAAAACCAUGGGAAACUGCUUACUUCUGCCGGAGGAGUCUAUCAAGGUCAUGAAGACGGACGGGAAGGUGCUUGAGUACAAACCACCUCUCAAAGUUCAUCAGGUCUUAUCGGAGUUCGCCGGUCAUUCAAUCUCCGACACGCUUCCGGUCGUCAGGCAUCUUGCUCCUCAGAUAGAUAUGCUCAGUGGCCGCCUCUAUUAUCUUCUUCCACCACCUCUGCCGUCGACCCAGUUCGUCAGGAAGGUGCCAAUGGUAUCGAGUAAUAGCCCAACCGCAGAACCUCGACAAAGAACCGGUGUUGUGAGGAUUAAGCUAGUCAUCACUAAGCAAGAGCUCAGGGAGAUGCUAGCCAAAGGAGGAAUCUCAGUUAAUGAAAUAGUCGCUCACCUCCAGAGCAGACAAAGCAAAGCUGGUGUUGUUGAUGACAACAGUGAAAGUUGUAAAGGGUGGAGACCUGUGUUGGAAAGCAUACCAGAGGGCGAAGGGAGUGAUUUAAAUUAGAAAUUUUCCUUCUCUUUUUUUUUCUUUUCUGGUUUUGGAAAGCUCUUUUUUUGUUUGUUUAAAAUACACAGAGCUGGAGAGGUCUGCAGUUUAUUUAUUAUUAUUACUUUUCCUUAGCCCAUGACCAUGAAAGACGUUGUAUAUUAACUGUAUACAUGAUUGUUUUGUAUACUGUACCAUGAGAGAGGUCUACCGUUGAAUGAGAUCAUACCAACGAAAACUCCAACUACUAA